CCCGCCUUCUUCCUCUUCCUCUCCUUCAUUGUAGAGAGAGAAAGAACAGAGAGAGAGGAUGCUCUCCUCUCCCUCUUCUCACUCAUGGCUUCAAUUUCUUCCCCCCAAAUAUUCCCGCUCAUUUUUUCUUCAAAUGGCCGCCCUCCUUUUACAGUAACCCACCAAAACCAAAAGCAAAUUCAGAGAGAGAGAGAGAGACAGAGAGAGCAGGCGAAAUCGAUAGCCAUGGAUAUCUCUAGUCUCUCUAAGAAGCUCGGACUCCCCUCUCACCUCGUUAGGAAGGCCCUGGAGCUCCGUCGCCUCUCUGACCUCCAUCUUGACUCCUCCAUCCUCGGCAUUGGGGAGAUCUGCAAGGCUGUCAUAUGUUUGGAGCUUGCUGCAACCAAGUUGCAGGUCCCAUUUGAUAGGCAGGAGGGUAUUCGAUUGAGUGGGAUGUCGGAGAAGGCUUACACCAGAUCCUUCAACGCAUUGCAGAACGGUCUCGGAGUCAAAACAAAGGUGGAUAUUCGAGAAUUGGGGAUUCAGUUUGGAUGUGUUAGGCUGAUUCCCCUCACACAGAAGGGUUUAUCUCUCUAUAAGGAACGGUUUCUUGCUGCGUUGCCUCCAUCUCGAAGGGCAACGGCUGAUUUCAACCGCCCUGUAUUCACUGCUGUUGCGUUCUACUUAUGUGCAAGGAAAAAUAAGCUUAAGGUAGACAAACUGAAGCUGAUCGAGCUCUGUGGUACAUCAGAGUCUGAAUUCUCCAGUGUUUUCACUUCAAUGAAUGACCUUUGCUUUGAUGUCUUUGGGGUUCAAAAGGAAAAGAAAGACGCAAAGAAAGUGAAAAGUUAUAGAGAAUUAUUGGAUACACUACCAAGCAAGAGGAAGCACGAGGAUGAUGGUGGUGUUUCUGAUGAUUCAUCUGAUUCAAUUGAUGAUGAAGAUGGAUUAGAGCUGCCAAGCUAUAAGAGGCGUAAACGAGUGGAAAAGUUAGCUUAUGAGGAUUGGAAGUCAUCAAUAAUGGAAUCCAAUAGCCAAAGUCCUCCAAAGAGAGCUAAGCAGACUCGUCUCAAGUUCGGGAAAAAGUCCUCCGAGCCGAUUGCCUUGGAGGCAUAGUAAUGCUUAUCCCCUUGUAUCAUAGUCACAUUCUAUCAAUCUUAUUUUGUUAAGUGAAUUUUUUGUCUCUUCCGCAUUUAAUGGGCGAUCAUUGUAUAGGAGUUCAAUUCAUCAUCAAAUGGAGCAGCAAACAGAAAACCUUAGCAAAUUUUAUGGGAUUUUUGUUGGUGUUAUGCUGGUUGAUGUCUCUUGCUUAGACCAUGAUCCCUUAGAGAUGCGUGUAGCAUGCUUUUGGGCAAUCUUGGGCUGUGUUCAGUGUGAUUGUUUUUAAUACUUUCCCGUUAUUGAAACUAAGAGGAAUUGUGAUUAUUUUA